AUGCCUCCAGGCUCCGACAACAACAAAGGCGAAGAUGAGAGGGGACGCGGGAAGCUCGUGGCGCCUCUGGCGCUGCCUAAGAAUCGCAGCACUGGUAACCUAGCUCUCUCCGCCGAUGGGACCGUCGAUCGAAGCCGGUACCGCAUGUCCUUCGAGGGCUCGAGUGCCGGAGCCCUGGAUUUUGACGUUAUGACAAGGUCCCCUCACAUGCCCGAUCAUGAACACGGACAAGGACUCUCGGGCCUUCGCCGCAUCCGCCAGCAACACCCCCCGUCGCGCAAUCCUACGGUCCCAAACUCCAACGCCUCCUCGCGGAGCCCUUCAGUUGCCGCACUCUCUCGAUCGACCUCCAUGACAGGAAUGCUCGCCAAUCUGACGGGAACGGUGUCCCUGCCGGGAGGCCCUACCUCGCCAAAGUUCUCCGAAGACCUGUCGCGAUUCCCGUCCGAGUCCCUUCACUCCUUCUCUUUCGCACACAAGUCAGAGGAUUUCAUCCACAACCGUCAGACUGUGUUGAAGCGCUCAAUGGAGUUUAUGAAGGAUCGCAUGGGCCGCACCGUCUCCCUCAACUCGACGCAGGCAGGGAUUGCGAGUGCGCAAGCAAGAGUCACGGGUGAUAUUGAGACACAAAACAUGCUGGAGCUCCUGGCUCGGGCACAACUAAUUGGGGCUGGGAAUCUUCCCAAUGCCGAGUCAUCCUGGGCCACGGGCCCUUUGACCGGCCCGCCCGAUAUGACGGGGGAGAAUAUUUUUGAUAAGCAGUUCACGCCCUCGUCUGUGGCCGCGGCGGAAGGCCUCUCAGAUUCUGUCUCCCCUACUGGUGCAACAGCCCCGAAGUCACCUCAAGUACAGUUUGCGCAGCGCAAGUUGAGCGUGCCCCAGGGCCCCCCCGCCACGGUUGGAGAGGUAGAUCGGUCUUCAGAGGAAUCCAGCAGGACUCCUACCAAUGAGAGUGGAACGACCACCAAGACGUCGCCGCCUGCAUCACGGCCAACAAGCUUGAAGCGCACCAUGACCGACACGCUAGGAAUCACCAUGCAGGACAAGCUCAUUGAUACCAUGACCCAGCCAUUUAUAGCUGGCGGGCCGAUUUACGAGGAACCGGCUACCUCCCCUGUCUUGACACAUGCUAUGCUGCCCUCCAAAAACUUUCCCAGUGCGCUGGGUCCAACCGUUCACGGCCACACCAAUAGGUGGGUGCCGGCCGCUCAAGCAAUCUUCACGACAGAAGCAAAGCCGCCGUGGACCAUCAUUGCGGCUAACGACCUUGCGUGUCUCGUUUUCGGCGUUACAAAGGCUGAGGUACGCCGGAUGGGGAUUCUCGAGGUUGUACAAGAGGAGAGGCGGGCCUGGUUGGAACGAAAGCUGUUGCGGGUAGACGACGCUGACGAUGCUGCGGAUGGUGCAACCAAAGGCUCAAAAACAAAGAACCCGGCAGCGUCGGCAGCGUCGACCCUUCUUGGCAGCAGAUCUGGCAUUACGGCCCAGCUGUUGAGCAAGCCAAACUCACGAGCACAGCCACCCAAGUACUCUCAACGACGGGCGCAGACAGUCCACAGCGGCGACCCCAGCCCCCCAAAAGCGCGAGGAAGUGGUCAGCACCGCAGCAACCUUUCACGCGGCGUAUUGCUGUGCGGUGACGUUGUUCCCAUCCAGAAGCGGAACGGCGCCACUGGGUCCGCCAGCCUGUGGGUGAAAGAGAAGCGUAUCGGGCUUAUCUGGGUCCUGGAGGAGAUCCACGAAGACGUCGCUAACAUCGAAUUGGAUGAAGAAGGCGCAGUCAAGGCAGUUACGGGCGCUGCUGAGCCUAUCUGGGGUCCCAGAUCGGUUCGCCCUGGAGUCGACGUUGCCUCUUUGAUACCCCGGAUACCGCGGCAGGGCAUCGACCCCACGAUCGGCGAGAUCGACUUCGCCCAAGUCAAUAAGCGCAGAUACUUUACCUGCCCGGGGUCUCAUCGUGUGAAUGUUCCCUGCACCGUGGAGCAAGUCCGCGGCAAGCUCGAGCUCCGGGUGUCCACGUUUCCACACAUGGCGGGCAUCGUUGUGGUGGACCCGGCAAGCCUGAAGAUUCGGAGUUCAAACUCGGUCUUCUGCGGCGCUCUGUUCGGCUACGAGAAGCCCGACGGCAUGCCGAUAAAUGCCCUUGUCCCUGAGUUUGAUAAGAUCUUGGACAUCCUGACCGAGGAGGACGGUCUGCAAAUGCUCGAUGGCAUGGUUGUUCCAGAACACCGCUUUCGACGGGCGUCUGCAUUCUUGGCCCUGAGAGAACACCGUCCAGAUGCAGGCGCGUUCUUUCUCCAGCCAGAUGGUUUGCCUGCGAGACACCGCGAUGGAUCAGACCUCAAAGUGGACGUACAGAUGCGAGUCGUCGAAAGCGAGAAGCAGCCCAACCUCGCUGACGAGACGGUCAUCGAGGGCAGUGACGAGGAUGAGGCCGCUGAAACCGACGACAGAUUCUCGUUCACGCGAAAAGAGAUGGUGUUUGCUCUGUGGAUUACGUAUUCACGGCAUCUGCAUGCUCACGCUCAUCUCGACGUUGACACUGCAGAGGAUUCAGGGACCGACACGCCCCUGCAUCAGCCAUCGCCUGGCCAGACUCCGCCGCUGCAUACGCCUCAAGAAAUAGCGUCGGACGAGGAAGCCCCGAAGAAGGAAAAGUCCCUGGUGCCGACAACGCUGUCGAAGCAACUCAAAGACGCGGCGAUCAGCGCUGCCGCCAAGCUGACCAGGCACCCCAAGCCGACGCCAAAGUCUGUUGAGAAGCCUCCCGUAACGAGAGCAGUGGAGCCAGCUCGGAAGACCACCAUCGAUGACUACACAAUCCUCGAGGACAUGGGCCAAGGUGCCUACGGGCAGGUGAAGCUGGCCCGGCACAAGACUACAGGGAAGAAGGUAGUGCUCAAGUAUGUCACCAAGCGCCGCAUUCUGGUCGACACCUGGACCAGAGACAGGAAAUUGGGCACUGUUCCUUUGGAAAUUCAUGUUCUCGACUAUCUGAGGCGACCCGAGUUCCGGCACCCCAACAUUGUCGAGAUGGAGGGCUUUUUCGAAGACGAUGUCAACUACUACAUCGAGAUGGCCCCGCACGGGUUGCCUGGCAUGGACCUCUUCGAUUACAUCGAGCUACGAGCAAACAUGGAUGAGGCGGAGUGCCGCAGCAUCUUUGUGCAGGUAGCACGGGCGAUUCACUUCUUGCACACCACGGCUCUCGUCGUUCAUCGUGACAUCAAAGACGAGAACGUUAUUCUCGACGGCGAGGGAAACAUCAAGCUCAUCGACUUUGGAAGUGCAGCAUAUAUCAAAAGCGGCCCCUUUGACGUGUUUGUGGGCACAAUUGAUUAUGCUGCCCCAGAAGUACUCGCUGGCAAGCCGUACGGUGGCAAGGAGCAGGAUGUCUGGGCCUUGGGCAUUCUGCUCUACACAAUCAUUUACAAGGAGAACCCCUUCUACAGCAUCGACGAGAUCAUGGACCGCGACUUGCGCAUUCCGUUUACCAUCAGCGAUGAGAGCAUCGACCUCAUCCGCUGCAUGCUCAACCGCGACGUCAAGGAGCGGUACGACAUCAAGCAGGUGCUGGAACACCCGUGGUGCAAGGCGGCGGAUGCGUCAACAUAG